GGCCCAUCAAGCAAAUAUGGACGCGAGCACCUCCUCUCAUAGUUCAGUACUUACAAUAUAAUUAUUCUCGCUAUUUGCCGAGCAAGUGUCGAAGUAUGUGCGUUUUGUCACAAAUUAUCGGUUUGAUAGCAAUAUUACAGUGAUUAUUGUAGAAUAUUCGCGGCUUUAUUUCGGCGUUACGACCGAAAUCACGACGCAUGUCGUAAUUAUAAUGAGUGGUAUAUGACUUCUAUCUCUUAAGCGGAUCGAACGAUCGCUUGCGUGUAAUAUGGAGAACACUUUUGAAGGAAAGUAAAGAACAAGAGUACUCCAAAUUGCAUAAUUACCUUUGAGAUCAUAAUUCGAAUCAAUUGAGGAGGAAGGGUGGUAGCAAGACGAGCAAGAGUUAUUGUGUCUCAACAAAGACAGAUGUCCAUGAAUUAAUAAGGAAGACUUACCGUAACGCUCAUCCGCUGGUCUCUCUCACAUAAGAAAGUUUAUGAGACAUUUUAAUACAAAAUGGCGCUACCACCAAACUAUAAACAAGUUGCAAUGGCUACAUCAAACAUUGUUGCUUCUAACCAACGAAUAAGGGCAUCUGGUGGAAGUACAAGCAGCUCGACAAAUAGUAAAGAUGCUCAAAGUCCAUUCAUUCAAACACCACAUAGUCAUCCAGGAUUCACACCUCAGAAAGUUGGAAAAAAUACCAAUGCUGACUCGCGUACACCAAAACCACCUAAGCCACCAGAAAAACCCCUUAUGCCAUACAUGAGAUACAGCAGGAAAGUGUGGGAUCAAGUAAAGGCGCAAAAUCCAGAAUUAAAACUCUGGGAAAUUGGCAAAAUUAUUGGGCAGAUGUGGAGAGAUCUGCCAGAGGAAGAUAAAACAGAAUUCAUUGAGGAAUAUGAAGCUGAGAAGGUGGAAUAUGAGAAAAGCUUGAAGACUUAUCACAAUUCGCCCGCGUAUCUAGCUUAUAUCGCAGCUAAGAACCGCGGGAAAUCGAUGUUGUGUGUAGCACAACAAAACAACGAUGAUCGAGAAAGUCACGAACGUUCCUCGGGCAGUAGUAAAAGUCAAUCAGCCCAAGAUAGAAGGAUCGAUAUUUUACCAGCGGAAGAUGACGACGAUCAGGAUGACGGCUAUUCUGUGAAACAUGUGGCAUAUUCGCGUUACACGAGAAACCAUCGUCUCAUUAAUGAGAUUUUCAGUGACACUGUCGUGCCCGAUGUUCGCUCGGUUGUUACCACCCAGAGAAUGCAAGUUCUACGUCGUCAAGUACAAUCAUUGACGAUGCAUCAGAAAAAACUUGAGGCUGAAUUACAACAAAUCGAGGAGAAGUUUGAGGCGAAGAAACGUAAGUUCAUAGAAACCAGUGAAAUAUUCCAGGAGGAAUUGAAAAAACACUGUAAGCCGGCGGUGGACGAGGAAACAUUCAACAAAAUGGUAGAACGACAGUACGAAGCUAUCAGACGGGACAGGCAGAAAGGAUCGGAAGAGAAUCGUUCGGACGGGCCGGCUUCGAGUGAAUCCACUCCGAAUUCCACUCCCACUCCGACCCCGGCGUCACUCAACGACGAGACUCAGCCGGAUGUUUCCGACAACGAUACGAUGGAGAAGAAGGCCGGCGGCGGUGUCGACAAAGCCAACAUCGAGAUGACCAAGAAAAUGUCGCCGCCGUAUACCGAGAACAAGCCGGAAGCACCGACGAUGAACGUCAAUCAGCCGCACGCGCCCAAUUCCGGGAUGUAUUGCAACAACGUGGUCAACCCUAUUCAACAACAUCCGCAUCAGCAACAAACGCAGACGCCGCAGCAUCAACCGCCGCAGCACCAACUGCCGCAGCAUCAGCCACUGCCGCAACACCAGCCACUGCCGCAGCACCAGCCACUGCCGCAGCACCAGCCGCAUCAGCCGCCGCCGCAGCACCAACCGCCGCCGCAGCACCAACCGCCGCCGCCGCACCAGCCGCCACCGCCUCAACAUCAGCCGGCGCCUCCUCAACAGACGCAUCAGCUGAUUCCGCCUCAGCAGCAGCAUCAAGCGCCGCCACCGGCGCCUCAGCAGCAUCAGCCGCCGCCCUCGCAACAGCAGCACCAACCGCCGUCGCAGCCACAGCAACAACCGCAGUCACAGCAGCCAACUACGGUGCUACCGCCGCAACAGCCGACCACGACGGCCGGAGUGGCGGCUACGGUCGCGGCGGUAGUCGCCAGCGCGAACGCGACCGCGAACUCCACCCCACCGAAUAUGCCGCCGGUGUCGGCGCCACCUACGGUGCCGAUCCAGCAUAAUCCCCACCAGCAAGGGAUGCUGGCGAAUCACUCGAUGCCGCCGCACCAGGCCGCCCAAGGCACCCAGGGCACGCAGGUGAUGUCGUCGCAAGGGCCGAACCCGCACACUCCGCAGAUGAUGCCGCCUAAUCAGGGUUACGGCCAGCAGUAUCAGUCCGCGCCCGGCCAACAGCCGCAGAACGUUCCGUUGGCACCGAGGCCACCGCAUCCUUCUUACAGUUACUCCCAGCAGCAACCGUACCACCAAGCCUACCCGCAAUACAGUCCUCAUCCGUACUACCAUCCCCAGCCGUACUCGCAGUACUCGCCUCAUCCGAUGGGACGGCCCCAUGGCCACGGUCCGCACAGCCCGCACAGUCCGCAUUACCAUCCUCAGUCGCCUCACACCUCAGUCACCGACAGCGGCAACGCUAACAGCAACGUAAGCGGCUCGAACACCGCCGGAUCCGCACCCGCUCCCGACUCGAACAACCCUUCCUCGUACUCUUCGCCCGCGGGACACUGCGAAGGCGAACGCUCGGGCCCGUCGGAUAAUCAGGAAGGUCAGGUGGAUGCCAAGUCGGGGUCCGCCUAAGCAUAUUCGGUU